AUGGAUCAGUAUAUUAUGGAGGCAGUACUGGGUCCAAUGAUGUUACUUGGAGCAUUUGGAAAUCUGAACGUAAUCGUAGCAGUUGCUAGAAAGAAAGUGCUCAGAACUAAAGGAGCAAUGCUUGUAUUUGUCCUGGCGAUUUCUCAUUUUAUCUGCAAUGUUUCAGAACUGAAAGUGUUGAUUUUCAGACUCAGGUUUCAAUCAUUAACGGGAAGAGAAUGUUUUCUGUACAAUGUUCCCUAUUCAUUUUGUGUCAUGUUUCAAUCUGCUCUAUUUCUUUCGAUGGCUCUGGAUUUGUGCUUCUGUAUAAUGCUUCCAAUCAAACACAUGUUAUGGCCUAAAAAGAAAUACAUUCUGAUAAUGUGCAUAAUGCCAACAUGUUUUGCUCUAAUCGUUUUCUUCCUGAACUUUCUCUUCGUAACUGAUGAAAAUGCUCCAUAUUGUGCAUUCAUGUUAAUUCGAUCGCCAAAAAAAGAAGUGGUGAAUGAUUCAGCUAUGGAUGAUGGUGUAUUCGAGAUUAUAUCGACAUCUGUGGUUGUUUGCAAUAUUAUCACUUUCAUCAUUACGGUCGUAUCGGUUAUUGUGGCUAUCAAAAAAUCACAAGACAUGAGGAAUCAUCGUCAUUCAAUAGUCACCAGAAGGAAUAGUACAGUGGAAGAACGAAGAAAGAAUGAACAAGACAUUGCUCCCUACAUGCCUUUUCUUGCUAUCAUCACAAUGCCCAACUUUUGUCAAGCCUAUUUCGUCACCUAUUUUCGGUCCCCAAGAUUUCGUAAAGCGUACAGAGAACAUUUCCAUUGGCUCACUUGUGGAUGUCUAUACCGAGAUAUCAUGGAUCAACCAGAGACGCGAGCGGGAGAAUCUGGAAGUAAACCAGAUAGUGCAACAAAUCAACAACCACCAACUGAAACAGUGGUGGAAAAGAAACAGAAAGAUGGUGGAGUGAAGAAAACUGUGAGGAUAUAUGAAGGAGAAGCCAUUUGA